AUGUCUCUACCAGUAGCUGUAAGGCCAAAACCUAACAAGCUUGCCAUGAGGGUUUGUGGACCAAGACUUGGACGAAAGAUUCAACAUGGAGGUGCAAGACUACAGUCUCCACUCCCAAGAUGUUCCAGGAGUACUAGUCCAAUCUCAUGCUCCAUGGCUAAAUCUGAAGUUCUGCGAAUUGUUCAAAGCACCAUUGCGAAGCAGCUGUCGAUUGAUGAGAGCACUGUGACGCCCCAAACAAAGUUUGCUGAUUUGGGUGCUGAUUCUCUCGACACGGUGGAGAUUAUGAUGGCAUUGGAGGAGAGGUUUCAAGUGUCGAUAGGAGAAGGUGGAGCUGAAAACAUUGCAACUGUUCAAGAUGCCGCCGACCUCAUCGGAAAAGUGAAAGCAGAGGGUGCUUAA